AUGAAGGCACAGAAAUAAACUUCAAUCAACAAUAAGUCAAACAAAAAGGUGCCUCAGUAGGUGAAGCUUUUAGCUUCUCCGCCCACGAAGUUCUCACUGUACUAGACUCCUAGAACACGUUCAUUAAGCAAGUCUAAGAAAAUGGUGUCACCCAAAGUCUCAAUAGAGUAGAAAAUAAAUAAGGAAUACUACUCUCAAGUGCAAAAGCAAUAGCAACAGUAACUAAAGCAUCAAUCACAGUAAAAGAUGCAUAGCUAAUCUCUAAACUAAGUCACUCCCCAGAGAAGCUCAUUCGCUCAUCCAGCUUAGGUUAGAGUUAAUUUGGAGACCAGCCCUAAUUAAGAUACUGAAGAAGAUCAAGAACAAGAUAUUGUUAAUUUGGAGAUUAAAAUAAGAUAAGAGAGGAUUUAAACAGCCAAUGAUUUAAUGGAUGAUGAAAAAGAUCGCCGAGUAUAAGAGCUACAGGGUAAUAACGUCAAUAAUAAGUUGAAGAAGAUGAUCAUUCAGAAGACUCAUCAGUUUAUUAUUGAGGAAAUCGAGUAGAUUGCUUAAAAUUCAGUUGACAAUAGCAUAAAUAGCGCAACUGCAGUAAAGUACGCUAAUUAGGAUAUGGAUGGAUCAAGGAAUAAUAUGUCUAACUCAAAUUACAACAACGGAGCAACUGGAAAUGUUUAGCUCUUUGAUAAAAACUAGAAUAAUGAGAAUUAAAAAACACCAAGUCGAUAGAGAACUAAGUCUGGAAGCCAAAGCAAGCAAAAUCUGGAGGAUAAGAUUCAAAGAUUUGAAGAUUUAAACAGAUUAGCAUUUUUCAAGUCUUACCUAGAUCACGUUAAAUAGAUCAAAAUAGCUCAAAAUUAAUGCUCUUUCAAGCUAGACAAUACAGCAUCUCUAGCUAAACUUCAUAGAGAAACUUGUGAAGAUUAAGAGCAAGAAAGGUGCCCACCAGUUGAAAUGCUUCAAAGUAAAUGCGAUGAAUCUCCUCUAAGUUCAUAAUAGAAAUAAUUCUUAUUUCCUAUGACUGACGAAGUUAUUAAGGAAUAAGAAUAAGAGUCAGUCAAGAUUGAAAUUCAAGAGGUUCAAAAAUAGUAAUAGUAGUAUUAAGAAGUUUAAGCUGUCAGAGAAAGCGUUUAAUCAGCUAAGCUGAAGAAUAUUGUUUAAAAAGAAGCCCAAAUCAAACUUCAAUCUUAAAAAUCAACUAAGGUAUCAGAAAAAAGGAAAAAUACUUAGAAUUCAUACUAAACCAUUCAGAAUGAUAGUCUUGGUUCUAAAUCAGUUUAUCAGACUACUGAGAAGCCUAAGCAUCAAAAGGAGACAAGUUAAACAAGACCAAAUUUAAUGAGUCCUAUUAGAGCUUCAUAGAAUUCUCAAUUGAACGAAAAUCAGAGUAAUUACAAGAGAAAACUAAUUACUACCUAUCAAUCUAAAACUAUUCACUCUACUAGCUGCACACCAAAGAAUUAGGAUAAUUUAAUCAUAUAGAACCAUAACUCAUUGAGCCAAAAGAGAGAUGAUAUAAUUUAGAAUCUCAAAUCACUUCACAAUACCAAUUAAGUACUCUCCUAGGAUAAGGUAGCUAAUCAUUCCUUUAGAAAAAGAAAUUCUAUGUCAAAUAUUUCUUAAUAAGAAAAUUCCCAUAACCAGAGUGAGAAUCAUAAGAGCAUUUAGAGUAUAGAGUAAGUGGUUAACAUCAUUAACGUUGAUCCUAACACGAAUGAUAUCACAUUAAAUGGUUAGGAAAUGAACUAAUUAGUAAAUAAUAGAGUAGAGAUCACUGGAGAUCGAGGAGACAUCACUUUGAAUAAACCAGUUUUCUACACUAACAGCGAUCACAAUGAAAUAUCUAAAUUAAAAAUUUCAGAGAGAGAUGUGGAAUCUGAGGAUUCGUCUAAUAUGCACGAUUUAGUUUAGGAAUUAAAUUCUUUAAGUCAUGAGAUUCAUAAUCAUUUAAGAAAUUCUGAAUCUACCUAAAAAUAGGGUGAUAGCAACAGAAAUUAAAAUCAAAUGCAUCAAGAAAUAUCACAUCAAUAGGAUUAUCAGAAUUUGAUUGAUAAAACUUGUGAGAUUUUACUCUAAAGAUUUUAAGAGAUGGUCGACAAGCAUCAAGAUUUAAGAUAAUUGGUAUAAGAUGCUCAUGCGUAAACCUUAGGUAAUAAUAGCACAGCUUAGAUGAAUAUUCAAGCACCAAAUAUUGAUAAUGCAAACUAAAACGAUAAAUUUAGAGUUAAAAAGAGCAUGAUUAUUGAUGAAAGUGAUUAAGAAACUACUGAAAACUAAGAAACAUAAAAAUCUGGAGGAACAAACUAAUAGUUAUUUUCCAAUAAUUUCUCUGAAAACUCUUAUCAUAAAUCUUAGUGUGAAUAAAAAUACGAACUUAAAUCUCCAAAUCCUCAAAAUAGGAAUAACAGAUAAAAUAAUUUGUCUAGACACAGAUCAUAGGCUGCUUUAGAGGAUGAGGAUGAAGACUUAGUGGAACAAAAAGAAUUAUAGAGUAAAUAGCAAAGUUUAUAUAGCUCUAACGAGAAGAGAUCUCUAUUGCAAUCUGCAAAAUCAUAAUCAAGUCCUAAAACCCAGUAAAAUAAUGCAAAAGAAUUAAAUAAUAGAUUCUCAAACCCCAAGACUUUGUACAGAAACACUAAUGGAUAUGAUAUCUUCAAUGAUGACUUAAAAAUUGUAGUGGAAGCCUCUAAGGAUGACUGUAACAUGUAUAACAUGCUUGUUUCAGAAUUCGAAUAAAGUCUUAAGCCAAUAAAUGUGAAACUUCUCUAGAUAUUUAGAGGAAAGAGAAACCCUGAUUAAUAUGAAGUCAAACAAGGUUAAGCUCUACUCAUGUUACUUAGUGGUGUAGAUCUCAACAUUAUGAUUACUAAUGAUAAAUGCAAUGUAGUCUAGAAAACAUGGAGAAACUUCUAAGACUACCUAAGUAGUGUUGGCCUUAUCAAAAGUCUUGGAGUAAUAGUACAGUCUAAUCCAGAGAACUAGGGAAAUCAAAUAGUUCAAAAUUUCCUUUAAUCAGCCUAUUAAUUUGCUUAUUAUAUUUACUCCUUGCUCGAUAGUGGUCUCAUUCAAACUAAAUCGCCAAACUAAGGAGAUAAGAAAAGAGCAGCAAGUAAGUCUCAGAAAAGAGAUGUAUCAAAUAAUAGAAAUCUUUCACCAACAAAGAAUUUUUAAGAGUAAUCUGUUGAUGACCAAAAUGGAUUAAGACUAACUAGAAUGAAUAUGAAUAACAAAUCAAGAGGACAGCUUUAAGAUACAAUAGAAAGAUAAUCUCCUUAGAGGUAAUAAAGAGGGACAGAAAUAGCUAGAUAGUCAGCAAAAAUUGUUGAAAAUCAAGAAAAAUAAUAAGUAAAAUAGCCAUUAAAAAACAACUAGUAUUCAUAAUAGCAGCCAGCUUAAUCUUUAACUCCAAUGAAAGAUCCCAGAAGGCUUAGUAAUAAAGCAUCUUUGAUUGAGUAAACUGAGAUAUCAAGGAACAAAAAUAUGAAAAUAGUAUCUUCCUCAUAAAAUCAUGUGAAUGAGGCUACUAAGGAAAAGUAAAGAUUGAAGGAAAUGGAAUUAAAGGUAGCUGAACUUUCCAAAGAGAGAGAUGUCUUGCGAAGAUAAAUUGAGAAGGAGGAAAAAUAAAAGCUUAAGGAGCAUGAAUCAAAGAAUUAGACUCAAAAUGAAAGUAAUCAAAUGGAGGACAAGAACUUGUUCGAAAACAACUUUGAAUCAAUCCCAAAACAACCUAUAUUUGAUCAGAAAAAGUCUUAAUCUCAUCAUUAUUAAAGUGAAGAGAAAACUGGAUUAUAUCCUUAAGUAUUAGAAUCAAAUAGUUCUCUUUAGCUAAAAUAAUAGUACGAGUUUUAAUUAUAGCAGCUUUAACAGUAUCAAUAGCUUCAAAUGCUUUAAUAGUAGCUAUACUAGCAAUAAUAACUCUAAUAAUAAGCUCAACCACAGUAGUAGCUUCAUCAACAAUAGCCUUAAGUCUAAUAAUAACAAUUGUACACGAGUUAAAGAGAAAAGUUUAAGAGAAUUGAGAAUUUGAGUUAAGAAAAAGUAUUAAUUGACGAGAUAGACAAGUAGAUUCAGGACUUCCAAAACAUGAAAAAAGCACUUAUGAAUUAGUAGUAAAAUGAAGUCAAUAAUUUAUCAUAAAGUCAAAGUAAAACCAAGGAUUAGAGUGACAUUCAACUAAAUUUAAGAUCUGCAGUCGGUAGUGGCAUUAGUGCAGGUAUGGGAAUGGUGUCAUCAACAGUUGAUAGUUUCAGUAGCUAAUCUAAGAUGAAGGAAGUUAGUGGAAGAAUGAGGAACUUGCAGUUACAAGAAGAAGAAAUUAAAAGAUAAUUGGCUUAAUUCAAUAAUACCAAGAGGCAUAAUGAGUUGUGA